AUGCCUGUUACAAAGUUUUCCACGCCUGAGAAGUACGAGUACCUCAAUGGCUUUGAUUCAUUCCACGAAUCUGAGUCUAUCAAGGGAGCUCUUCCAAUAGGCGCCAAUUCACCUCAAAAGCCACCUUAUGGGUUGUACGCUGAGAAACUUUCCGGUACAGCAUUUACAGCUCCCCGGCAUGAGAACCGCCAAACAUGGCUGUACCGCAUUCUCCCGUCAGCCUCACACUCAACAUACAAACGCUUCAGUGAUCCCUCAUCCCCAAUCCUCAAAGCAAAACUGAACUAUGAGCCCCAGCAACUCCGCUGGGAUCCUUUCGACAUUGAUGAAAAGGUUGAUUGGGUUCGUGGUCUAAAGCUUGUAUCCGGCGCAGGCGAUCCCACGGUUAAAUCCGGUCUAGGAAUUUAUGUCUUCGCCGCGGGUCGGGACAUGGACGCCAACACAGCGAUGUAUUCAUCUGACGGCGAGAUGCUCAUCGUUGCGCAACAUGGCGUUUUGGAUAUCCAGACUGAAUUGGGACGGCUGCUCGUGAGACCAAAUGAAAUUGCUAUUAUUCCUCGGGGAGUGAGGUAUAGAGUUACGCUGCCUGAGGGACCGGUGAGAGGGUAUAUCCUUGAGUUGUAUCAGGGACACUUUCAACUACCGGAGCUGGGACCUAUUGGAUCGAAUUGUCUGGCGAAUCCGAGGGACUUUCAGAUUCCUGUUGCGGAUUUUGAUGAGGAUACGAAGAGUACUUGGGCGAUUUUGAAUAAGUUCAACAAUGAGCUUUUUGUUGCUGAGCAGGGACACACGCCUUUUGAUGUGGUGGCAUGGCAUGGAAAAUAUAUCUACCCAUAUAAAUACGACCUAGGCCGCUUCUCCGUCAUCGGCAGCACAUCCUUCGAUCACCCCGACCCCUCAAUCUUCACCGUCCUAACCGGCCCCUCCGACCAUCCCGGCACCGCCAUCGCCGACUUUGUAAUCUUCCCCCCGCGGUGGCUCGUGCAAGAAGAUACAUUCCGCCCACCCUGGUACCACCGAAACACCAUGUCCGAGUUCAUGGGUCUCAUCUGCGGACAAUACGAUGCCAAGACCGGCGGUGGAUUUCAACCUGCGGGAGCUAGUCUGCACAAUAUCAUGUCAGCUCAUGGGCCGGAUGCUGAUUCUUUUGAGAGGGCGAGUAAUGCGGAGUUGAAGCCGGUUAAGGUUGGGGAGGGGAGCAUGGCGUUUAUGUUUGAGAGUAGUUUGAUGUUGGGGAUUACAGAUUGGGGGCUGGAGACUUGUAAGAAGGUGCAGCCGGAUUAUAAUAAGCAUAGUUGGGAGGAGCUCAAGGUGCACUUCAAGAGGCCAUCUUAGAUGCGGCGUUCAUUUUUAUGGCCUCUGAGAACACAGCUUACAGAUUGAGUC